GUGCUUCCUUAGCGGUAGAAAAUACAGGACGGCUUCAUUGGUUUGGACCCAUUGUUCAGCUCUCGUGUUUCCCAAAUUUUUUAUUUUUAUUUAUCCAUAAUUGUGUCCUUUCUAUGUUCCUAUUUUCUCUCUGUCUUGGCACCCGGUGGUGGAAGCAGAAGGAAAUUUGCGCAGCAAGGUCUUGGGUGUGGAGUUCAGAUGUUCACCCUUGAUCUUGCAGACUUGGAGUGAAAUGUUUGAGCGGCCGAGCUGUACUGCGUUGCAAUAAGGCGGACACCAUUCUGCGCCUUGUUUUCUCGAAGGAGAAGAGGAAAUAAAUUUCUCUGUUUUUGCUGUGAUCUGGCUAAUCCUUCCUGGGAGUCUGUUCAAGGUGGGAGUCGAAUCCAGCAUACGAGCGUUGCAGAUCGAUAAUAGUAUUGGGCAUCUGAAAUUGCCUUCCAUUCUGGUGCCCAUAAAAGCAGAGGAACGUUUCUUGAAAUUGAGACAGAUGAGUUGUCGGUAGAGGAUGACGCUGUCGGGGACAAACGUGGAGCUGAUGGAGAGAGUCAGUUUUGAAGCGAGUCGUAACUUGGACAGUGACGAAGAUGAGCUCUUCAAUGAUGGAGGGGGGAACGGAAAUCAGGUCUUUGCGCUACCUCCUCCCAUUCAAGGCAAACAUCAACUACAAGCAAUGUUGCGGCGACAGUGGUUGUUCAAGAAACGAGGUUGGGGUCAGACCCUGAUGGAGCUCAUCAGUCCUCUAUUAAUGAUGUCUCUUGUAGUCUGGGGAUGGUGGAGGAGCACUGAAGUACAUUAUGGUCUUGAAUUCCCUGUGAAUUCUACUAUUCCAUUAUUCAAAGCACUGAAGAAUGAGUAUGGUACUGCACAGAGCUUAUUACAGAUCUGUCCACCAGACAGGCUCCUUGCCCAGAAUAUUUCCCCUGAGGAGUUGGCCUUGCUUUCAACCUUGAUAAGAGAGGAUGUAUUGAGGGGCCUGGAUGGAUUACAAGCGCUCAACUCCACUGCAAACAUGACUUUAGGUGACGCAUUAAUUAACGGGCAACGUUUGAUAGGAAGCAUUCCAAUGUCUCCUGCUCUCCUUUCUCUAGCAAUGAAAUGUAUUGGCUCCGAGUCACAACUGGCAACAGCUUUUGAUGCCUUCAAUGAGUAUCAUGGCUCCCUUCCAAUACCGUCAUUGGAUGCAUUCGUUGGACUUGGCAAGCUUAUACGACAAGCAAUUGCUCGAACUGGCCAGCCUGAUGGAAUUGAUCGAUUCCAAAAUAUGUUCAGUUGGUUGCUGGGAAAUCUUCUUACACAAGGUCGUAUCACCUUUGCACCAAAUACAACAGAGGUUUCGGGCCUUGUAACUCACCUGCUGACUGAAAGUGAGUUAUUCAAAGAGGUCUACGGAGGAACAUUUUCAAGUGAAAAGGAUGCUGUGGAUUCGGCUCUAAGUAACGUAGAGAAUGACAAACCUAUAUGGGCCAUUGUGGUUGUCAACAAUUUAGAUCCUGCCGGUGGGAAUGUAAAUUAUAAGAUUCGAAUGAACUUCACUACAGUGCCCCGCACUGCGAAAGCCGUGUAUAAACGGCGCACAGAUCUUCAAUCGUACUACAAGCGUUAUUACACUUCUGGUUUUCUGAGCUUGCAGGACGCUGUGAAUUCUUAUGUUUUUAAACUUGCUCCAAAUCGAUCUGAGGUAGACAUUUUAUCUAAAAAGAUCAUGUGGGGAGCUCCAUUUCCAGUGGCUGCACACUCUAGGAACAGAUUUUACAAAGCAGUUGGACCGAUGCUGGGCUUAUUGAUGUGUCUUACAACUUUAUAUCCUUUGGGCAUGCUUGUAAAGGCUUUAGUUGAGGAAAAGGAGACGCGCGCAAAAGAGACGAUGUACAUAAUGGGACUAAAAUCUUGGGUGUUUUCAAUCUCUUGGGCCACGACGUAUUUGGUGGUCUUCUUAUUGAUAUCGUUGUCCGUAACUUUAUUGCUGUCACUGACUGUGUUUCCGAGAAGUGAUCUAAGCUUAUUGCUUCUUCUCUUUUUCCUGUUUACAACAUCUCUUACAUCUUUUGGUUUUUUUCUUUCCGUCUUCUUUUCGAAAGCAAAACUGGCGGCGAUUGUUGCACCAUUUGUCCAUUUUGGUGCUAUAAUGCCACGCUACAUAUUUUUUCGUGCGAGCGAUGGUCAAGCCAUUUCUGGGAAAUCGAUAGCAGCAUUGUUACCACCAACGGCUUUCACUUUUGGCGCGGAUAUGGUAGGCCACUACGAAGGUGCAAAUUUUGGUAUAACAUGGGCAAACAUUUUUGAGGAUGAAUUUUCUAUGGCGUGGAUUCUUGGGCUUCUGGUCAUAGAUACUUUCUUGUACGCUUUUUUAGCGUGGUAUUUGGAGCAAGUUUUGCCUUCCGAGUAUGGUUUCACAAAAUCACCACUAUUUCUUUUUUCACCUGCUUGGUGGCGUGGCAACCGCAGUGUUACCGAGACCAAGUAUCAGAAAUUAACCAACAUCCAUGAAGAAGAAGGCGCAGAACCUGCUUAUAAUGAACCCUACAAAGCGAAUGGUUCGCAACCAGCAGUAAUGAUUCGCAACUUGAAGAAAGUUUACCCGGGAGGUAAAAUUGCGGUGGAGGACUUGACUCUAGAAGUUUAUGAGGAUCACAUUACGGCUCUGCUAGGCCACAACGGGGCUGGAAAGAGUACUACUAUAUCUAUGCUCACUGGUCUCAUUAGGCCAAGUGGUGGAGAUGCUCAUAUAUGGGGCCAUAGCAUAUGUGACAAUAUGAACGACGUCCGAAGGACUAUUGGCGUGUGCCCUCAACAAAACGUGCUUUUUAAUCACCUUACGGUGAAGGAACAUCUAGAACUAUUUGCCGCUCUUAAAGGCGUGCCGAAGCUCUAUAUUGAUCAUGAUGUGCAAGAUAUGGUCUCAAGGCUUGGCUUAUCUGAUAAAACGAACACCCCUGCUUCUAGUCUAUCUGGUGGCAUGAAACGCAAGCUCCAGAUUGGACUUGCGAUGAUGGGUAGAUCAAGGGUGGUGUUUUUGGAUGAACCCACUUCAGGACUAGACCCUCAGUCAAGGCGUGCAGUGUGGGAAUUGCUGCGUACCUUUAAGUCAGGACGUGCAAUCAUACUCACAACCCAUUACAUGGAUGAGGCUGAUCUUCUAUGUGACAGAAUUGCCAUCAUGAGUGAGGGGCGACUUAAAUGUUCCGGAAGCAGCCUUUUUCUAAAGGCAAAAUUUGGAGUUGGGUACAACUUGAGCAUGACUCGAAGCAGCGCUUCAUGCAAUGACACUGCAGUUACAGCGUUCGUGCACAAACACAUCCCACAAGCUAUCUUGUUGAGCUCAGCAGGAGGGGAGCUGGCUUUUCAAUUACCUCUGAGCAACAAGGGUGCAUUCGCUCAGUUCUUCGAGGAGCUCGAGCAGCGACAAGAGGAGUUGUAUAUUGGUGGUUAUGGAAUCUCAAUGACGACUUUGGAGGAAGUAUUUCUCCGGCUUGCGAAUGACAGCGUUACAGCAGAUGUGUCUAAGCCCUUGGAAAAUCGUAUCGAUAGACCAGCCCAGAUCGUGAAUGAACCUAUGGCAACGACCUAUCAAUCUCAUAAUGGAAACGCCAUUGAAAUAAGCAAUUAUGGAGAACAUAACAAGCAUCAUGUGAUGAUUCCUGUUUCUAGUCAGAGAGUAAUCAACAGAAACUCCCAAAGCAACAGCUUUCGUCGAGCAUAUAGUCAGAUGGUUCUUAAACGCGUUUUGAUUGCCAGACGUGAUUGGAAGGGGCUGGCUAAUUCUGUAUUGCUUCCAGUUUUCGCCAUUUCAUUGGUGAUGCUUAUUUUGAAGCUCAAUAUUGAUCCAGCUGGACCUUCACUAGAGCUAGAUUUCCGAAUGUUCCGAUUUACUGGGCAAAGAACUAUUAUUCCUGUUGCAGGGGUUUCUUCCAGUGAUAUGUCAACGUUACUUGCAAAUGAUUACCUUGAAUUCCAAGCUCGAGAUAACUUGAACAACAGCAUUGCAUUGAGUGAGGAUCUUCUACAGACAUAUUUGCACACUCCCCCCAGAUACGGUGCUCUUGUGUUUAAUGACACUCUCUGGCCCACGCUCAACAUAUCUAGCCUUCAAAGCUUGAACAUGACACAAUCUGAGGGGCUGUUUAAUAGCUCCGGGUAUGGCUUUGGAGUUACUUCGAACACAAGUACAUACAGUAGGUUCUUAACCAAUCUCUUUCAGUCACCGUCGGGGCAGGGGAUCUUUUCUCCUGUUACGCUUCUGUUCAACACCAGUUCAGAUCAUUCACUACCAGCUUUGGUUCAAGAGCUUAUGCAGACUAGGCUGAAGGCAAACUUAGUUAAUUCUUCAGCUACAAUGAAGGUUUCAAAUCAUCCUUUGCCUCUCACCAAGACUGAGUUUCUGGAGAUCCAAACAGUAUUGUCUGUUUUGGCGGCACUCUUCGUUCUUAUUCCAUUUUGCUACCUGGGUGCAAGCUACGCGGUUUUUGUUGUUCGGGAACGCGUCGUCAAGGCUAAACUUCUUCAGAUGGUGAGUGGAGCAAGCUGUGUGGCAUAUUGGACAGCAACCUACACUUGGGAUUUGAUUACAUAUGCAGCAACAUUAGCUCUCACCAUGCUCAUAUUUGAGCUGUAUCAAGACAAGUCAUUCGUGGGUUCAUGGUCAAAAGCUGGAGCAACACUAUCAGUCCUCAUGUCAUUUGGAGCAUCCGUGAUUCCACUUACAUACUGUUAUUCCUUUGGGUUUUUAAAUCACGCCAAUGCUCAGGUGGCAAUUGCAGGCAUUCAUUUUCUGACGGGCUUCGGCAUGCUUGUUGGAAGUUUAGUUAUGGGCGAGAUUGAUGAAACCAAGGCAUUGAAUGAGAAGCUGGUGCACCUCUAUCAUCUUUUUCCUCCCUUCAAUCUUGGCAGAAGUCUUGUACAACUGUCAGCACUGGAUUUCAGGGACCAAGUGCUUGGAAAACCAUCUGAUCCAUUCAAGUGGGAUAUUUUGGGCCGCCCUCUCACCUACAUGAUAGUAGAGAUUUUUGGCUACAUGGUGUUGACCAUAUUGAUUGACAAUGGCACGCUCCGUAGGUCGAGUGAUCUUGUAUGGGACUUCGUGUCUCAAGCCUCUCAAGAAUCACGACUGGCCGAUUCACUCUCAGAUAAAUUACCAUUAAAAGAGGACGUUGAUGUCUGUAACGAAAGGAAGCGUGUGGAAGGGGGUCAAGCUCGCAGUGAUACAGUUGUUGUGCAAGGUCUCCGGAAAGUAUAUCCUGCUCGUGGUUUGGAAGUUGUCAAAGUUGCUGUUAGAGAUUUAUCACUUGGCAUUCCUCCUCGUGAAUGUUUCGGCUUUUUAGGUGUAAAUGGAGCUGGGAAAACUACUACACUGUCUAUGCUGAGCGGUGAUAUAAGACCCACAGCUGGAGAGGCGUAUAUCAAUGGACACUCGGUUUUGAAAGAUUUAGCAGCAGCACAAAAACAGAUUGGAUACUGCCCUCAGUUUGAUCCUCUACUUGAUCUGAUGACUGGUAGAGAACACCUCCACAUGUACGCUAAUCUUAAAGGUCUUCCUAAAGCAGAUGUCAAAGAGGCAGUGAACGCUCUGAUGGAAGCUGUAGGUCUACAGAAAUAUGUUGAUCGGGUUGCAGGAGCGUACAGCGGCGGUAACAAGCGUAAACUAGCAUUAGCAAUCGCCCUUGUCGGCAAUCCUGCAGUGGUGUUUCUGGAUGAGCCUAGUAGCGGAAUGGACCCUGUGGCAAGGAGAUCCAUGUGGAAUCUUAUCACAGAUGCAGUUCUUGAGCAGGAUAUGAGUGUGGUACUUACAACCCACAGUAUGGAAGAGUGUGAAGCACUUUGCAGUCGCGUUGGGGUCAUGGUGGCAGGAAGCCUCGUCUGCCUUGGUUCUAUCCAACACAUCAAAUCUCGUUUUGGCUCAGGCUACACGGUGGAGCUGAGAUGCGCUUGUGCAAUCGCAGUGGAGGCUCUCCACCAGUUUAUGUCACUAUCGUUUCCAAGUUCGAGGUUGGAAGAAGAACAUCUAACGAGAGUGAAGUACAGCAUUCCUGUGAAGGACUUCACCUUAUCACAGGUGUUUAGCACACUCGAAAGGGAGAAAGACAGGUUAGAGCUAGAGGAUUACAGCGUGAGCCAAAGCACACUUGAGCAGGUAUUCUUGAGUUUGGCAAAUGGUCAACCGGAAGAAAUAGAAUGCUAAUAUCUUAGUGAAGAUUCGUGGAGGCCUCAGAUUUUGGACUCGUUGCCAAUUUAGAUACAUUCAUGUUCAUCAUUGUAACAUUUCACAUGAUACCAUACAGUCUCCCUUACAUAUGCAUGCAGCAUGGGCAAAGUUCUCAUGUAGAAUCUCUUCAAUGUCUUAGAAUUCGUGGAAGCUGCACAGUUCAUGUUACUGAAGUAGCAGCUUCGCUUCCCGGGUCGACACUAUUCUGAUUAUAUACCACAUUUCAAUUUGAA